UCAAGUCUUUCUUCGCUUCAUUAUUUUCUGAUGUAUUAUUGUUACGAUGGUAUUGAACGCGACUUAAAAAAAGACUUGUUCCGCCAGUUUUUACGAGCUAAUUACCCGCAAGGUUCUGUGGUUGCUCCGGGUUUAAUUACCCAGUUUAGCAAAGAUUUGGACACUAUCGCCGAACAUAUUUGGUAUAUUCCUAACCGCUUAAUUUUCAUGUUGGUGGCUAUUUCUUAUCAUUUGCUGUUUGAUUUCAAUUUUGGUAACAAAGACAAAAAAACCAUUAAUUGGGUUUUCUUGCUUAUUUUGUUCCCCAUUUUUGCUUUACUAAUAACGGGACAAUUACUUUUGUUCCCCCGAGCUGCCAAAAUGGGAUUAACCGCCAAAAAACGCACCGAAAAAGAUAACGAAAUGAUUUUUGAGCGUAUUAAUAACUUAGAACACAUUAAAGCCGUAGCCGGCGAAAAUUACGAAGAAGAAAAAGUGGCCCGGUGUUUAGACACUACUUUUCGCCGUAAUGUCAAAACCUUGUUAUAUACAACCGCCUUUCGGAUAGUUCCUGAAUAUAUUAUAAGUCCUAACAUUCCUAUUGUUUUCAUUUCAGCGGCUUUGUAUGUUGGUCCUCUUUUUCUGAAAGAAGGCCGCAAAAAUGAGGCUUUUGUAGCGGUGAAUAUUGCUCGUUAUUAUUUCACUACUCAAAAAUUAAACUCUGAAGUUAACAAAUUAACUUACAGUUUAAAUAACUUGGAAGAACUAGCCAGUAGCUUGUUGAUGGUGAAAAAGAGUGUUUCCGUUUUAAAUCGUCCCGACCCAUUGGCUUUGCCAGUCUCAGCAACUUACUUUUGGGAAAACGGUGAUAUCAGUUUUGACCAAGUAGUUUUUGCUUACCCGCAAAGGCCGCAACAUACCAUUUUACACAAUUUUUCCUUCGUUUUCCAACAAGGAAAAAGUUAUGGUAUUGCGGGCAAAAACGGCAUUGGUAAAAGCACCAUUACUAAAACCUUUCUCAAACUUUAUAACUUACAAUCUGGCAAAAUAUUAGUCGGUGAACGCAAUAUUCAAGAAAUAGACACCGAGAGUUUACGCCGCCAUAUUUGUUACCAAACUAAUCAUCUGGCUUAUUUUCAGGCUUCUAUUGCCGAAAAUGUUUAUCAUCCCUAUCAGUAUGAUAAAAAAGACCCAACUGUGUUGGAAAACUUAACUACGGCUGCCAAAAAAGCCGGGGUUUAUGAUUUCAUUGCUAAGUUGCCAGCUGGAUUUGAUACCACACUAAAAGGAGGAAAUGACUUGUCCGAAGGGCAAAAACAGUUAAUUGCGACUAUGAAAAUUUUCCUGCGGGACUACGAUGUUUAUAUCCUUGACGAAAUACUAAGUAAUGUGCACCCCGUUUUGAAAAAAACUAUUUUGCGGAAUAUUUUCGAGCACAUAAAAGGCAAAACAGUUAUCGUUAUUGACCACCAUUACGAGAUUUUUCAAUACCUCGACCAUGUUUACCAAUUCACCGGCGAAAAAUUACUCGUCAAGAAAAAACAAGAUUUUUCUUAA